UAGAACUUGUCAUGUAUCCUCGAGCAUUCAAGCUCUCUUAAUCUCUCACCCCACCCUCUCCUCUCCCCUCCCGCUCCCCUCCUCGUCAGACGAGAACGGACUCUCCCUCCUCACCAGACAUGUGUGGAAUUCUUGGUCUUCUCCUUCACGACCCCCUCGCGACUCAGACCGUCCAGGCGGGCACGGAAAUCGCUGACGGUCUCUCGCUCCUUCAGCAUCGUGGCCAGGAUGCGGCGGGUAUCGUGACCUGUGGCUCGGGAGGUCGCUUCUACCAGGUCAAGGCGAACGGCAUGGUCCGCGACGUCUUUGACGCCCAGGGCAUCGCCGGCCUCAAGGGCUGGAUGGGUGUCGGCCACGUGCGCUACCCGACUGCGGGUUCAUCCGCACACGCCGAGGCCCAGCCCUUCUAUGUCAACUCGCCGUACGGUAUCACCUUCGCGCAUAACGGCAACUUGAUCAACACGGUUGAGCUGCGCCAGUUCCUGGACGCCGACGCUCACCGUCACGUCAACACGGACUCGGACUCGGAGAUGAUGCUUAACAUCCUCGCCAACAACCUCCAGAAGACCGGCAAGUUCCGUAUCAACGAGGAGGAUAUCUUCACUGCCAUCCGCGACCUCAUGAAGCAGUGCAAGGGCGCGUACGCUUGCGUCGGUAUGCUCGCCGGUUUCGGCUUGAUCGCCUUCCGCGACCCCAACGGUAUCCGCCCCGCUGGUUUCGCGACCCGCAAGGGUGCCAGAGUCGGCACCGACUACGUUGUCGCGUCCGAGAGCGUCGCCGCCCAGGCUCUCUCCUUUGAGAACUGGGAGGACAUCAAGCCCGGAGAGGCCAUCAUCAUAACCCGUGACAAGGGUCUGACUCGCCGUGUUGUUGCAGACCCCGUUCCCUUCGCUCCGGACAUUUUCGAGCACGUUUACUUUGCCCGCCCCGACUCGACGAUCGACGGCAUCUCGGUCUACCGCGCACGUAUGGCCAUGGGCGAGUAUCUGGCCGAGGAGACCAAGCGUGUUCUUGAGAAGCACAAUGUCAAGGUCGACGUUGUCAUCCCCGUCCCCGACACAUCGCGUGUCUCGGCUCUGCAGCUGUCGCAGCGUCUCGGCAUCCCUUACCGUGAGGGCUUUGUCAAGAACCGCUACGUCGGCCGCACCUUUAUUAUGCCCGGCCAGACUCAACGCCGCAAGAACGUCCGUCGCAAGCUCAAUGCUAUGCCCAUGGAGUUUGCGGACAAGACCGUUCUGCUUGUCGACGACUCGAUUGUGCGUGGCACAACUUCGAAGGAGAUUGUGCAGAUGGCCAAGGACGUUGGCGCGAAGAAGGUCAUCUUUGCCUCGGCUGCGCCGCCCAUCCGCUUCUCGAACGUGUACGGUAUCGACAUGCCGUCGCCCCAAGAGCUCGUUGCGUUCGGCCGCACGACCGAGGAGGUCGCGCAGACGAUCGGCGCUGACCUUGUUAUUUACCAGAACUUGGAGGACCUGGUCGAGGCGUGCCGCCAGUUCAACCCUGAGAUCAAGCAGUUUGACUGCUCCGUGUUCACCGGCGAGUAUGUCACCGGCGGCGUCGACGAGCGCUACCUUGAGCACAUCGAGAAACUGCGUAGCGACAAGGCCAAGGCGAAGAAGGCGGGCCUCCAGGUCGAAAUGGCGGAGCUCGAGUUCGAGGGCGGCUGCUCUGGUCCGAUGAACGGCGCCGAUUCGCUUAUCGGCCUCCCCAACCACUCGCCCAAGCUCGGCCCCCACUCGAUGCCCUCCCCGCAGGACAUUGUUGGCCUGCACAACUCGUGGCACAGCGGUGCAUAAACACCUGACACCGCACUGGCAACGAGCAUUAUCCUCACGCUUGUGCAUAGAAGUCAUCCUAUACUCUUUUGUUGUUAUCAUAAAUACCCUCGAUGCAUCCAGUUUGGGACAUUGGAC